GGCGAGAAAGGAGGUGGGGAAAAAAAAUUAAUAAAAGAUUGCAGCCCUGCGAGCCGCCCCCUGGACCGCGCUGCGUUGGGAUGGCAAUGCUGUAGAGUGUGACAGGAGCAGUGGCGGCGCCCAGACGCAGCGAUGAAAUAUAGCUAACAGCAGCCCUGCAGCUGGGAAGCAGGCAAGGCACCAGGCCGGUCUGAAAUAUGCGCUGACUUCCCGAGCUGUGGUGGCUUUUUGCGACCAGAAUCCACCCGCCUUGACUUUUUUCCCCCCCCACUCCGCGGCGUUCAAUAACUCGAAAGCGCAAUUCCCUCGGUGCCUGCCGGGUCUCUGCGGUUUUGCUGCAUCCUCCGCGCGCCCAGGAUGGCGGAGGCUGAAUUGCACAAGGAAAGGCUGCAAGCUAUUGCAGAAAAAAGGAAAAGACAGACGGAAAUAGAAGGGAAGAGACAACAGCUGGAAGACCAGAUUCUUCAGCUGCAGCAUUUCAAGUCAAAAGCUCUAAGAGAAAAAUGGCUGAUGCAGGGAAUUCCUGCAAGUUCUCCAGCCGAGGAAGAAGCCAGGAAGAGACAGUCAGAAGAAGAUGAGCUAAAAGUGAAAAACCUUGAAGGCAACAUCCAUAGAUUAGAACAAGAAAUAGGAAAGCUUGAAUGUGAAGAAUCCCAAAUAUCUGCCAAAGAACAGCUCAUCUUAGAAAAACUAAAGGAGACAGAAAAAUCUUUUGAGGACUUACAAAAGAGUUUCUCACACCAAGAUGGAGAUGCAGUAAAUUACAUUUACUCCCAGAUCCCUGAACUCACAACUCUCUAUUCACAAGCAACAGAGGCUGUUCCCCGGAAAGACAGAACAAGCAGGGUAACUGCUUUGUACAGCAUGGAAAUUAAUGUGGAGAAAGACAAACAAACUGGGGAGACCAAGAUUCUCUCUACGUCCCCCAUUGGCCCCGAGGCAGCCUGUCAGAGAGGAAUCAAAGUCUAUGAUGAUGGUACCAAAGUAGUCUAUGAGAUGCAUUCUGGAGGCACGGUGGUAGAAAACGGAGUACAUAAGUUAAGCUCAAAGGAUGUAGAUGAACUUAUUCAGAAAGCAGGGCAAUCAAGCAUAAAAGGAGGGGCUAUAUCAAUAGUGGAUGGAAACCUCAGCCACAUGAAGGAACAAAUUCUUUUUAAGGAAGCAAAACUAGAGAUGGUGCACAAAUCCAGCAAAAGACUCUCUGGGAACCCUCCACACCAAGCAAAACUUUCUGGGGAUGAAAUCCCAGAAGCCAGUUCAGAUCACCCAGUAACAAUGAUAUUUAUGGGUUACCAAAAUAUUGAUGAUGAAGACGAGACCAAAAAGGUAUUGGGUUAUGAUGAGACAAUCAAGGCUGAACUGGUCCUUAUCGACGAAGAUGAUGAAAAAUCAUUACGUGAGAAGACAGUGACUGAUGUGUCGACCAUGGAUGGAAAUGCUGCUGAGUUAGUUUCUGGGAGGCCCUUGUCAGACACCACAGAACCUUCUUCACCAGAGGGAAAAGAAGAAAGUUUACCAAUGGAGAAAGUCCCAGGUACAGAAAAGAAACAGCGCUGUCAGUGCUGUAUUGUCAUGUGACCAUCUCUUCCUUCCUUUCUUCUUCUUCUUCCGAGCAGCUCGUGCUCCAUCACUCCCUUUAGACCUCACUGUAUUUUUCUAACUGCAGUACUGUGAACUGGAAGUGACUGCCUCCAUUGCCUUGCAGUUGGUUUGCUCUGAUUUUUUUCUAACUUGUCAAGGGAGAUGAGUAACGAAAGUACAGAUUCUCACCAAAUGCACUCUUUUAGGAUUAUUUUUAGAGGGUGAGACAAAAAAAAAACAAAAAACACCAGUGAACAAAGUGCUGUUCUAUUUGAAAAGAUAUCUAUAUAUCAAUAUAAAUAUAUAAUAUAUGAAUAUGCAUAGUUGAAUAGGUGUAAUAUGCAUAUUUAUGUAUUGCGUAUAUUUAUUAGACUUACAAACGUAUAUGAAGAAUUUUACUUUAUAUAUCUAGCAGGUAUGAUCAACCUCCCAAGGUUUUACAGGAUUCCUAAGUUUCACACAUAUGUGAGCCUUAAACUGCAUUUUAAUGUUGUACGUUUUUUAAGAAACAGUUUUUAUUUUUUACUGGGGUAAGGGAAGGACAUUAGAUCAUGUAGUUUGAGAUCCUAAUAUUUGAAUUUCACUUCCCCAAAGAAAGACUUUGUUCUAAAUUGGGAAGCUUUAUAGUAAGACCUGUUCCCACAUAAGCCCCAAUAAAACAGUUGAGUCUCGUGGACAAUGCACAAUGGGAUCAACCCAACAAGCAUCAUGUCAAUUGCAACCUUUGUUUAUGAGGGGCUUUUCUAUAAGUCAUUGAAAGGAAUGAAUUUUGCACAGUCUCAGUGCUUAGCUUUCCAUGGGAUUAUAUUGUUGGCUUCAGUGAGGCUUGUAUGCAUGCAAACGUGGAUCUGAAUUCAGUUGCGACAUAUUUUGCAACACUGAAAAUACCACACUGAUUUCACUACUGACUGGUAUCACUAAAAAAAAUAAUUGAAUAGUUGCCUAGGAAACUUGGAGUGAUGAUUUAGGGUUUUGUUAUCAUUGUUUUACUUUGGUCUUAUUUAAAUUUUCUAGUUUUCAGUAUUGUGCAUAUGUCCCAUUUUCCUACAUUCAAGCUAAAACGAGUAUGCCAUGAAAAUGGGUCCAGAAUUGCCAGGAUUAAAUUAUCGUCACUGAUUUUACUUGUUUGCCUUUCAGUAACAGUGCCUACUUAUGUAUAUAUAUAUAUAUGAUCUACUUGUCGGAACUGUGCUAUUGUAAAAGAUGAUUUUGUGGUUUAUAUAAAAUAUGUACCCAUAAUAAUUGUCUUAUUUCCCAAAAAGAAAACAGAAAAGAGUCACUUUUUCUUAAGAAUAGAAGGCCCCAGUUCUCAAAGUCUCUUCAGAGGCUGUUACAUUUGCCCCCAAGAGAACAGAAAAUCAAAGUAGAAAAGCUAGCAUUUUUAUGCUAGGCAAGCACCAUGUGAAGUACUGUAUCAUCAUCUUUCAGUGUCUCCUUCAAAUAAAGUAAAAAGGCCCAGUGGGAAUCUUAGCUUCAUAUUAGCAUCACCAGAAUCACUUUCUAUGUCCUUCUGCUCGAAUGUUUGGUUACUAAGGGCUCAUCCAAUGUGCUGUCGUCCCAUUCUUGACAAUAUAAAAAGGACAGCACUCACAACAUAAAUCGUACCACACAUUGGCAAUUAAGCCAGUAGUAUUGCUGGCUGCCCUCUGAGAAAAUAAUUACUUUUAGAUUAGUGAUCUUCUCUUCAGAGGCUGGGGGGGGGAGAAAAACAACAGUUCUUUUAAUACCCAUUCUGAGGAGGAUAAAGAAAGAGAAUUAAUUAUAUUUUUCACUACGUAAAAGUUACUCCCACGACCGGCAAGUUUGAAUUGGCAACCCCAUCCUAUGCCUGCUUUUUAUCCUCCAUGCCAGCUCUCAUCCUCACUUGUUUGUAUUGCUCAUUGGCACCUCAUUCCCCCAUUUGAGAAUUGCCUCUUUUGAGGUGGCAAAACAAGCUUCAAUAGUUUUGAUACUGAGUGCGUUCAUACUUAAGUUUUUAUCCAAAGGACACUGGUAAUAACACAGGAGCAGGGAAGUUGCCUUUGGCUUCUGCCACCAGGUUUGUCCUCUAACCCAGGGGUCUACAACCUUGACAACUUUAAGACUUGUGGACUUCAUAGCUGGCUGAGGAAUUCUGGGAGCGGAAGUCCACAAGUCUUAAAGUUGUCAAGGUUGCAGACCCCUGCUCUAACCUUUGCACAGGAGUCUGUCAAAACCAAGACAGUGACAACUCAUGGGAUAAAUUACAGGUCUGCAUCUUAAAUUUAGAUUGCACUUGCAGGGGAAGGAUGCAGUAUAACUCUUUUCACGAAACCUCUGCAAAUAAAAAUGCAUUGGGCAAGGCGUUGCUGGUGCAAACGGGGAAAAGCGGAGUAGUCCACCCUCACGCACAACAAAACAACAAUCCCUCUGUGGUGAAUCUUUGAUUUUAAAACAAAGCCUUCAAAAUCCACUGCCUACAAUUAUUGCUGUCGAAAAGCCAGCACAGUAUCUCAUAGACAGAGACAAAACCUGAUGGUACUUCCUAAGCAACUUCGCUUCUGUUUUGCAAUAGCGAUAUUUAUUUCCUCAAAGACCUGCAUUCAGUUUAACCUGCCGUUAAUAUUCCCAUGUCCAAGCCCACCCCCAAAAAGAGAAAAAUAUUUGCCACGAUAUGUGCCAUAGGCAUGGUCUCUCUGGCAACCACAACAAAAAAGAGGCCAAACAGCUAGCCACUCCAAUGGGAGAAAAGAGCCUUUUGAUCUCCAGCAUUUGCCAGACUUCAAAGGCUGCUCCUCCAUGUUCAACUGAAUGUGUACAUGGGAAUUCUAAGACUAAGUUAGCAGAGAAAAUAUUUCCUUCAGACACCUUAGAUCAGCUUCAUCCAGACUCAGUAAUGGGCUCAUCCACAAAAUGGGGGAUUUAUUGUGAGGAUAUGUCCUCAGCAAAUGGUUAGUGGGGUGUCUUUGCCUUCAGGACAUGUAGAUGAGUUCUGAGUGUUAGGAGCAGGAAAUUAUGAUGGAUCACAAGAAGUACAAGUUUCUCGCAAAAUUGUUUACUUAAAAGUUCAUCAAAUCAGUUUUCAUGUUCACCUUGUAGAAAGCUUCUGCACAUCAUAAGUACCCAUAUCAUUUAAACAUGGCUUCUUUACUUGCUUUGUCUCAUUACGCCUACUGAAACUUUGGGAUAUUUUUAUCCAGGAUUGUCCCUGAGAAGAAAUGAAAAACACAGUUUCGGGAGUACACAUGUAAUUCCCUUUUACCUUCUCAAUGUCAGCUGAGCCAUUAUUUGACUAUGAAGUAUCUUCUGACCAUGAGUGAAAGUAUCUCAAAGCUAAGAUUAAAGAAUCUCUAGUCAUUAUUGGCUCCAGUUUUCAUCAACCCCAUCGGCAUCUCCCAUCAGCUCAAGUUUGGGAUUGAAUGGAUAUAGCCACAGGUGUCCUAUUCCUGCUCUUAAAUGCUACAAGCCGCAUGCCAGGUUCUUCACAUUUCAUCAAGAUCACUAUAUGGCAGGGGUCUUCAAACUUGGCCCUUUUAUGACUUGUGGACUUCAAUUCCCAGAAUUCCUCAGCCAGCAUGUCUGGCUGAGGAAUUCUGGGAGUUGAAGUCCACAAGUCAUAAAACGGCCAAGUUUGAAGACCCCUGCCAUAUGGUCAUUCAUAGUAAAAUCAGCAGGAGAGUGAGGCAUGUUGCUGCUCUCUUUUGGGGAAGAUUUGAGUAGGCUCAUCGUCUCAAACAAGUAUAUCAGUAAAAUUAUUGUAAACGUGCCAAUGUAUUUUUUUCCCCAGUCUAUACUUUUCUAGAUCUCUCAUUUGAAACUUUCUGAGAUGCUUACCCUAAUUUUUAAUAUUUAGCUGGUAUGAUCCACCUCCAAAAUUUUGUGGGAUUCCAUUGGCAUCUGCAGUGAAAAUUUUGGACUGCUACAGGUUAUAGGGGGCUCAUUGGGUGUAUUUUUUCUAAAGUGUCAAACACAAAGAGGCAUAGGCUGAUAGAAAAUAAUAAUUCCUUGGUAACAGGAAGUCUACCAAUACAGUAAUAUGAGUCCCACUGGUAUUUCUUCUGACAAUUAGCUAUAUCCAUAAAAUUUACAAUAGAUUAUAAGUGAAGAUUUCAGACAGCAUCCAAAUCAUUUCAACUAAGGAAGAAUUUCAUGUAUCCUACAGAAACGUACUAAGCCAGCAUUAAUCUUGCUGGUUAAUGGGUUGUCUCCUAAUGUGUAUCUAUUCUCUCUCAGGUUGUGCUUUAUUGUAUUCACUCUUUUAAGUUUUAAAUGUCAUGUUGAACAACAAUUUUCCUCUGAGUUCUUUUCUUUCUGUGCCAUUAAGAAAGAUAUUCCUGCUUGGUACCUUUUCAAGUGUGGAAUACCAACAAUCUCCAAUGAGAUUUCCAAAACCACAUCCCAAUUUAUUUGGAAGUAAUGUUGAACUUGAGUUCAGUUGAACAUACUUCUUAACAAGUAUGUCAGAAUCAUAGACUUAAAAUACAGAUUAGUCCACCGGAAGACAAAUUCUCAUUAAAAUUUUUUCCAUUAAAAAACUCUUUUAAAGCCACUAAAUGUGGUCCUUGUUUAGCGACCAACAACUUAGCUGUGACCAGCAACUUAGUCAUUAAAUGAAGCUGUCACUAUGUGAAACUGCAAAUCUGCUUAUGAUCUUAUUUCAGUUUUUUGUUUGCUUUACAGACCUGCAAACUAAACUAAAUGGAGCAGUUGCUAAAUAAGGGCCACCUGUACUCUAGACACAAAUCAUAAAAAAAAAAAACCAAAUCAGACAAACUAAUAAAAAUAAACUUAAAGUUGCACAAUUAGUAGUAAUGUAAUACUACACAUUUCUACAGAUAAAUUAGGAAAAUUAGAAAGAGCAGUAGCAUUACUUUUCCACAGAUAAACAGGCGCAGACCAAUUAAUAUUUCUUUACAGAGCCCUAUAUUUGACAAUACAUUAAUAAUGGUUAUAUUUCAUUAUUUAUUUUUCUUUUAAAUGUGGUAUGGUUCAUUUGAUUGGCAAUCUCAAUUUUUGCAAUAUUACCAUAUUUAAUCUUCCUUAGUGCAGUAUCCUUCACCUAAUCUUUCAAGUCAUUCAGUAAACAUUUAGUGAAAAUUUGUAAAAAGUGAUAAUCAUCUAUAACUCCUGUUAACAUUUUUGCUGGGUAAUAUAGAGCAGAGCAAAGGUUAAAGGUUAGAAGUAGAGCACAAAUAUAGCACUUUUUCUGAGAGAGCAGAACACUUUUGAUUUUCUAUUAUCUUUAGAAAAUAGUCAGCAUUCUACAUAUUCAUACAUGCCAUGAAAUUUAAAGUAAAAUUCACAUGUAAUCUAAAAUCUUAUUGCUGAAUGCUUAUUUCCUCUCAAAUACAACAAACUGUUGAAUAGAAUAGUACUGAUUCUAAUGCAGUUAAGCAAAUAUAUAUUUCACUGAUAUCAACAAAUAAGUCUUGAGCAAUGUAAAUACAUCCCUGAUUAAUUUUCUUUCAAAGAUUUUUAGGACAACCCCUUGAUUUUUUUUUUUUCUAAUUGACUUGGCUUCCAAGUUAAGUUAGCUGGACUUGAAUCUGGGAUCAUCAGGAAAAAAAUACACAUGCCUUCAGUCCUAAUGAUUUCAACAGGAACGAACAUUAUAAUGUUCAUUAUGCCUAAUGAAACCUACAGUCCAGAACAAUUAAAAUAUAAAACAUUACACAGAGGUGAAUAGAUAGGCUAUAAUUCAAACUUCUAGAAGGAUCCAGUCAUCUUUAUACACCUGGAGCCCUGAAUAUGUGUCAGUUCUGAAACCCUGAGAUUUCCAGCUAUAGUCCCAAUACGUUUGGAAGAUGUCAAGAUGGAAAAGGGGCUCAUCUGAUCUGAGAGGCUGGCAUUAAAAUUUAGAGUCAAUAAUGUUUUGAAAAUAUAUUUGGAGGCCGUCUUCACCUAAAUAUGACUAAAGCAAACCAAAUGGAACUAUAAACAAUCAGAUCAAACUAUAUAUAUUUAGAAGAAAUCAUCUAUAUACCAACCUUGUUUGCACAUUAUCUACUAUUCUUUGUUUCCAGGAAUAAAAUAAUUCUGGAAAACUACAAGUAUGUAAAGCAAUUCAGCGAGAGUCUUCAUGCUGAAUUUUCUUAGACUUGGCACAUUCUAGAUUAGAUGUGUAUCAUUUUAAUAAUGUUGCACAGCUCUACCAAUUUCCUCUAAAUAAAUAUGGGAAUUGUAGGCACGUGUCCACCACUCCAUUCAAGAACUCUAGUUUUAAGUUGCAGGUCUGUCUCUGGACAACUCAAUACAUCCUUUCAGAAACAUUUUAUAUGUUUUUUAAUUUUUUCCAGGUUUGUAUCUUUGCAAUUCCAGCACAGAGAAAUAUUUUAAACAAUAAAUAUAAACAGGCGAGGUCUAGAUUCAUGACAGUUUGGCACAAUGACUAUUUAGCCUUAAGUUUUGUAAUUAUAAAAAAAUGCAAAGGAAAAAAAAAUCUUUUUAGAGUGUUUUCCUAAGACACGAGUAAUCCAUACAUUUUUUUAAUCUUUUGUAUCUUCAAUCUUUUUUGCAAAUUGACCUUAGUUUUCAUGAAGACUCUUUUUCUUGGUAACACCAUGACAUCUUUUUUUGAAUAUAAAAAACAUAAAAUGCCACCAAUAGAUGGGCCAAGUUAUUUGCUUUCAAGUCAAGAAAAAAGAAA